CUGAUUCUCCUUGAUUGGGGAAGAGAGACAGUGAGGUAGUGACGCCAUACCGCUGAGGCGCUGCUAGCCGGAGAGAGGCGCUUAUCGUGUGUCAGGCGGCAACAUGAGUAAAGCGCACCCGCCGGAGCUGAAGAAGUUUAUGGACAAGAAGCUGUCAUUGAAACUAAAUGGUGGCCGGCAUGUCCAGGGGAUCUUAAGAGGAUUUGACCCAUUUAUGAAUCUUGUAAUAGAUGAAUGUGUGGAAAUGGCACCAGGUGGACAGCAGAACAACAUCGGGAUGGUGGUGAUAAGAGGAAACAGCAUCAUUAUGCUAGAAGCCUUGGAACGAGUAUAAUGGACCAGUCUGACCCUGCGACAGUGUAGAUGUUUCUUUUUUAUUAUUGUGAAUUCUACUGCAAGUGCACAUUCCUUAUGUAAUCCUUUUCUUAAAAAAAAAUAAAUUGUUUACCAUUCAAUAAAUUACUGCAUUGUUAA